AUGAGCACCGACUUCGGACGCAAGGAUCUCUCUGACAAGGUCGAACUCUCUGACAUCCAUUGCCCACGUGCAGCACUGACGAAGGUGAAGGUCGCUGAAGCUGUCACUCCUCAGUCUGCAAAGGGCCCUCUUGACGUCUCCAAGGAGCACGCCACUGGUCACGCCGACCGCGUCGCCAGAGACAUCAAGCCCGAUGACCACAAGUCCGUCAGCCAGUCUGUUCACGACAAGGCCUCUCGCCUGACCAGCUCGGACAAUGCCACCGAUGCCAAGUCCACCACCGACCACAAGUCUGUCACCGACAAGAUCAAGGACGCUGUUCCCGGCCUCCACUCUGACAAGCGCUCUGAUGCUGCUGAGGUUCUUGACCCCAACACCUCGACCACGGCUUCCGAUGUCGUCAACAAGAACCUCUGA